AUGCAGGUCUUGAACAACCUACCGCUGGAUAUUCUUCCUUCUAUUUUAUCACAUCUCGUCGACCGCAGGGACCGCUACUCUUGUGCUUUAGUAAACAAAACCUUCAAUCGCGUCACUACACCCCUCCUCUAUCGGAAGCUGGAUUCUCGCAUCCUCUCCAACACAACGUUGUCUCAUCCCUUCGAAACCCUCUUAAUCCGGCCCGACCUCGCGCAAUAUGUGCGACAUGUGACCGAAACUGGUGCUGUUCUUCGAAUGCUUCAUGUUCGCUACCCCAAUAUUACGGAAGACACCCUUCGAGCACUUUCACUUUGUGCAAACAUUCACUCUUUGACUUGGGUCGACGAUGACUCUUUCAGCUCAUCGGACUCGCCUUUGCUCGGCCUUUUACCCGUCCUUCGCUCGCUCCCACUACGGGAACUCACCAUUAGGACGCACUCUGAUCUUGGAGAACAUCUUUGGAACGAACUGAUACAACUGAACGGACUACGGCGCCUCUCGAUAUGGUGCAUGGCGGGGCCUCCCGCACCACUUCAAUUGCGGGUAGCGCAGGAAGGAACGACCUUAACUCACCUUGAACUUGGCUCGUUCUGUCAAUGCUCCACUUACAUCCUUUUCUCAGUGUUUACGCACCUACAGCUGCUCCGGGAACUUCGAUUGAAAGGUACCCCUGUAUCGGCUCUAGCCAGCAUCUUGGUUCGGCUCCCAAACUUGCAUACCUUCGAUGUCGAAUACCUUAUGGCAUCACCGACAUCACCGUUUCGACAUGAAUUCUCAUCACUGAGCCAUUCGGGUCCGUAUCCGCGUUUGCGGAAGCUAAUUAUCAGAACAAAUACGUCUGAUCUUAUGGUCAUCGAAAUGCUAUUCCCAUGGGUUCAUACACUGUUGCCCCAUACGUCCCUUGAGUCGUUCCAUCUCCACGCUUUCACGAGUUCCAGCUCUGGUCGCGUACAUAUACCCGAAACAUUCAUCCAUGAUCUGGCAUGCGUUCACGGGAGCGUACUGAAAGAAUUCCUGGUCGACGAUUCUUUCGUGACGUUAGACGAUGUCCAGACCCUCUGCAUGGCCUUCCCGAGACUGGAGAACCUAUCUUGCGCUCUUGCUAGUCCCGAUGUGGUUUCAAUUGCGCAAGCAAUGUCAGAUGCCCGAGCUCUGAAACAGCUGAAGCUCCAGGUUCAAUGGACGUCAUCGCGCGGCACUACCAAUAUAGAUGCCUCCACCGGUUCGCCCUCGACAAUGUCGCAGUCCAGGCGACUUCGGAGUAAUCAUACACCAUACGCAGCUAGAAUAUCGUCGAAACGCCUAUCAGCCUGUCCCUUGUUCACUGCCGACGAUGCUCGCACGCUGAUGGUAAACUCCCCACUCCUCAAUCUCGUUGAAAUUAAUACUGAACAUUAUUUGGGCAAAUGGAUACUGAAAGGCAGAAGGAGGGAACCGGGGCUUGUUCAGGUAGUAGAAAACAUCUCGCUCCCACCAGUGAACUGGUCGAAGUGGUAUUGA